UUCCUGGCCCGCCAUGGAGCCCGUGGCUGCUGCGGCCGCGGCCAUGCGUCUUUGGCGGGCCGCCCUGCGCGGCGCAGCCGGCCGCAGAUUUAUAGCAACUUCACCAGCUGCUCAGCUGUCAUCCACCGAACUGACAGAAAUGCGGAAUGAUCUCUUUAAUAAAGAGAAAAACCGACAGUUAUCAUUGACACCCCGAACAGAAAAGAUUGAAGUGAAGCAUGUCGGGAAAACUGACCCUGGCACCGUCUUUGUGAUGAAUAAAAACAUAUCAACUCCUUACAGUUGCGCCAUGCAUUUGAGUGAGUGGUACUGCAAGAAAUCCAUUUUGGCUCUUGUGGAUGGACAGCCUUGGGACAUGUAUAAGCCGUUGACCAAGUCCUGUGAAAUUAAAUUUCUUACCUUCAAAGACCAUGAUCCAACAGAAGUGAAUAAGGCGUAUUGGCGUUCUUGUGCCAUGAUGAUGGGCUAUGUGAUAGAAAGGGCAUUCAAAGAUGAGUAUAUGGUCAGUUUGGUCAGAGCCCCAGAAGUUCCUGUAAUUGCUGGAGCCUUCUGCUAUGAUGUAAUUUUGGAUAAGAAAUUGGAUGAAUGGAUGCCAACAAAAGAUAACCUACGUUCCUUCACAAAAGAUGCUCAUACCUUAAUCUAUAAAGAUCUGCCAUUUGAAACUCUAGAAGUUGAAGCAAAAGUGGCAUUAGAAAUCUUUCAACACAACAAGUAUAAAACAGACUUCAUAGAAGAGAAGGCAUCUCAGAACCCUGAGAGAAUAGUCAGGCUACACAGGAUUGGUGACUUCAUUGAUGUGAGUGAAGGCCCUCUCAUUCCAAGGACAAGCAUUUGUUUCCAGUAUGAAGUUUCAGCGGUCCAUAGCCUUCAAUCUGAGCAACCAAAUCUUUUAAGACGAUUUCAGGGGUUGUCUUUACCCACCCACCUACGAGCACAUUAUACAAUAUGGAAUAAGCUAGUGGAAAGAUCUCGGAAAAUGGUAACUGAAGAUCAAACUAAACCCACAGAGGAAAUUGGAUCUACCUAAUGACUUCCUAACAUUUACAUGUGUACAGCAAAUUAAAUAAAAGUUUUAUAUGA